AUGGCAAGCAAUAAAAGAAAAAUACAAAUUUUGGAAAAUAGAGUAAUUCGCCUGCAGUUAUUGACAGUGAUAGUGACAGCAGUGAAGAAAUAUUUUCCACUAAGAAAAAUAGAAAGAAGUUGGAAACAAAUGUGCACGGAAAACAAAGCACAAGCGACAUCAAAAGGAUUGUCUUCACCUCGCUCAUCGUCAGUGGACAGAUUAAGUAUGUAUAGCUCAAGAGGAUGCAGUCCUUCGCUAAAAAAUCUAUCAGCUUCUAUAGAUGAAAGCGAAUAUCAUGGCUUGAUAAAUCUAAGAAACAAUAAUAAAAUGAUAGAAAAGAAAAAUAAAAUAGAAAGGAAAGAUCCAAAGACCAGACUUACAUUCGCUUAUUCUUUUGAAGACAGUAUGUCGCAAGAGUUAACUGAAAGAAAUGAACAUGAUGGUUUUUAUGACGAAGAGCGUAAUAAACAAGAGAGAGAGGAAGAAACAGAAAACGUUGAGGUAGAAGAUGUAGAAGAAGAGAGAGAGGAAGAAACAAGAAAUGCUGAAGAGGAAGAUGAAGAUACAGAAAGAGGGGAGGAAACGGAAAAUACUGAGGAGGAAAGUGGUGACACAGGCGACGAUGAGAGUGAUGUAUACUCUGCAAGUGAAGUUGUAUCGGAUAUAGAUAAUGAUGUUUUAGAGGAAGAGGGAGAUGCACAGGAUAAUAGUGUCAAUGAAUGGGGUGCUAUCACAGAUUUGACCCCUGAAUUGGAAGUGUGUACUUAA